UGGCCUCCACUCACCUGCUUGCUUUCAGGGGACUGGGAAAAUUGCUGUACAAGAAACAAGGGAGGAAACCAUUCAGUGAAGAAUUGCAAAGACAUAUGACAUUCCCACAGACUUGGGGUUAAGUCUAUUAUAAAAAGUGACAGCUGACCCUACCAAGCCCACAGAAGUCAGUGCUGCUGGGAGCCGGGGCGUGUCGGAUCUCCAAGAGGUGGUCUCUCUGAAAGAGAGGAUGGCCAGGUACCAAGCAGCUGUUUCCGGGAGUGACUGCCACAGCUUCUCAGCUAACGUGAUGGAAGAAUCAGAAGUAUGCUCAGUUCCUGGUGGUUUGGCUACGGUGAAGAAACAUUUUGAGGAUGAAAUGAUAUCCUCCUGCAAUGCCUUUUCUCAGUACCAACACCAACACCAGAGCAGAUCUGAGAAGGAGGUAAUGCAUCACAGCCUGGAUAUGAAAAUGAAUGAACAAGAAGCUUCCAAAGGACAUGGAAAUGACAUUCUCAAAACAGAAAUGGUCUCCCAUCUUGAAAACCAUGCUGAGGAGAUAAGCAAAACUUCUCAGUUCCAGCAAUAUGUUCAAGAAACAGUCAUCGACACACCUGAUGAUGAAGAGAUUCCUAAGGUUUCAGCCAAGCUCUUAAAAGAGCAAUUUGAAAAAUCUGCUCAGGGUAAGGUCCUCUAUGCUGACAAAGAGACAACAUCCCCAGCCAAGCAGAUUAAGAUCAAAAGUGAACAUGAAGCAACUUUUAAACCACCAUCAGCUGUGGGUACAUCUUCUGCUUCUUUCGUAUCAAGUAGCAAGGUGAAGGAAACAGCCUCAACAUCUACUGAAUGUGGUGUCCCUUUCUCAAAUCUGGCACAAGUUAAUGCCACACUGUCAGGGAAAAUGGAAGAAUUCCCUCCUCCCCCACCUCAUGUACUUCAAACUCCAAUAGAUGUGACAGCAUUUUCCCAGUCCCCUGAAUCCCCCAGCUUUCCAAGCAAACUACCACUCCCUAGAGAUUUAUAUUCCAAACAAAGAAAUUUGUAUGAAUUAAACCGUUUAUAUAAACACAUCCAUCCAGAGUUAAGAAAAAACUUAGAGAAAGAUUAUAUCAGUGAGGUUUCUGAAAUUGUGUCCAGACAAGCAAACUCAGGGAGCUUAGCCACAGCAGACGUGCAGCAAGCCCGGUAUGUUUUUGAAAAUACAGAUGACAGGUCUCAGAAAGAUCUGAAUUCAGAAAGAGAAUACUUGGAAUGGGAUGAAAUUCUGAAAGGGGAGGUGCAGUCCAUACGAUGGAUCUUUGAGAAUCAGCCAUUAGAUUCUAUCCACACUAGUUCUCCAGAUCCUGGUGAUGUUUCCAACAAUACUGCUGACCAUGAAAUCAUCGCUGGUGGUGAUGUGAAGUACACUACAUGGAUGUUUGAAACACAGCCCAUAGAUACACUGGGCAUCCAUUCUUCUGUCACAAAAAUAAAUGCUGAAAAAAUUCCUGAACUUGCCAAAGGUGAUGUCUACACAGCCAGGUGGAUGUUUGAAACAAGGCCAUUGGAUUCAAUGAAUAAAAUACAUCAAAGUCAAGAAGAAAGUACGUUAAUGGCUACUAAGGACAUAACUGGAGGAGAUGUUAAGACUGUGAGAUAUAUGUUUGAAACCCAACAUCUGGAUCAACUUGGACAGCUUCAUUCAGUAGAAGAAGUUAACUUACUGCAACUCAGGUCUGAGCUCAAAGAAAUUAAAGGGAAUGUUAAGAGAAGUAUCAAAUGUUUUGAAACCCAACCAUUAUAUGUUAUUAGAGAUGAUUUUGGUCAGAUGCUAGAGAUUAAAACCGUUCACAGAGAAGAUAUUGAAAAGGGUGAUGUAAGAACAGCACGCUGGAUGUUUGAGACACUGCCCUUAGACACAAUUAACAAGGAGAUCACAGAAAUUAAAGUUGUCCGAGGAAUAUCUAUGGAAGAAAAUGUCAAAGGUGGAGUGAGUAGGGCAAAGUGGUUAUUUGAAACUCAACCUUUGGAGAAAAUCAAAGAAGAGUCAGAAGAGGUCAUCACUGAAAAGGAAAAAAUAAUAGGUACAGAUGUGUCACAGAAGUGUUGGAUGUUUGAAACACAGCCACUAGACAUUCUAAAAGAAGUAUCUGACGCAGAAUCUGGAUCACCUGAAGAGAUAUUAGGGGGUGAUGUACAAACUACCAAGCACCUAUUUGAAACACUGCCAAUAGAGGCUAUAAAAGAGAGUGCUGAUGUUGGAAAGCUUCAAAAAAUCACUGCCUCUGAAGAAGAAAGAGGAGAUGUUAGACACCAAAAAUGGAUUUUUGAGACCCAACCUCUGGAAGAGAUCAGAGAAAAUAAAAAAGAGUACACACGUACAGUGAAACUUGAAGAAGUUGACAGGGGAGAUGUCAGGAAAUAUGCACACAUCUUUGAAUCAAACAACUUAGUUAAAGUCAAUGCAUCACAUAAAAUAGAAGUGGAAGGAGUCAUACAAGGCUCUGUGGAAUUGAAUAAAUCGCUCUUUGAGACUACACCAUUAUAUGCUAUUCAAGAUCACCUUGGACAAUAUCAUCAAGUAAAGACAGUCCAACAAGAAGAAAUAUUACGAGGUGAUGUAAGAAGCUGCAGAUGGCUUUUUGAAACAAGGCCCAUUGACCAGUUUGAUGAAAGUCUUCAUAAGUUUCAGAUAAUUAGAGGGAUAUCCGCUCAAGAAAUACAGGCCGGAAAUGUGAAAUCUGCUAAAUGGUUGUUUGAAACCCAACCUCUUGAUUCAAUUAAAUAUUUUACUAACAUAGAAGAAACAGAAAGCAAAUCUGAGCAAGUUACAGAUACUGUCAAAGGAGAUGUGAAGACCUGUAAAUGGCUUUUCGAAACCCAGCCAAUGGAAUCUCUUUAUGAAAAGGUUCCUUUAAUGACUGACAGUGAGGGAAUUCAUAAGGGAGAUGUCAAAACUUGCACUUGGCUCUUUGAAACUAAGCCACUUGAUACCAUAAAAGAUGACUCUGAAACAAAUGUAAGAUUGCAAACUGUGAAACAGGAAGAUAUUCAUGGUGGCGAUGUUCGUACAUCAUGUUUUCUUUUUGAGACAGAAAAUUUGGACAGCAUACAAGGAGAGGAAGGGAAGGAAAUCAAGCCCAUGGAAAUGGAUAUCCAAGCUGGAGAUGUCUCCAGCAUGAAGUAUAAAUUUGAAAAUCAAUCUUUAGACUCAAUAAGUUCCAGUUCCGCAGAAGUUUUGAAAAAAAUCAAAACGCUAAAAACUGAAGAUAUUCAGAAAGGCAAUGUUUUAAGUUGUAAGUGGCUGUUUGAAAACCAGCCCAUUGAUAUGAUCAAAGAAAGUCAAGAAGGUGAUGGGUUGCUUAAGACAGUGGCAGACAUACAAGGUGGGGAUGUGAGAAAGGGAUGCUUUAUUUUUGAGACUUAUUCUUUAGAUGAGAUCAAACAAGAAUCUGACUAUAUCAGCACAAAGAAAACAAUCACUAACGAAGAAAUAAAGGGUAAUGUAAAAAAUUACAGAAUGAUGUUUGAAACCCAGCCCCUAUAUGCGAUUCAGGAUCAAGAAGGCAGUUAUCAUGAAGUGACAACUGUGAAAAAAGAAGAGGUAAUUCAUGGAGAUGUCCGGAGAACAAGGUGGCUUUUUGAAACAAAGCCUUUAGACUCAAUGAAUGAAUCAGAAAAUGUAUAUGUUAUUAAGUCAGUCACACAAGAAGAUAUUCUGAAAGGGGAUGUUAGUUCUGUCAGAUAUAGAUUUGAAACCAAGCCAUUGGAUCAGAUUUCAGAAGAAUCACACAAUAUUGUGCCUACUGUUGCUAAUAUUCAAGGUGGCAAUGUGAAGUCAAGCAAAGUAUUCUUUGAGUCUGAAAAUGUUGGUCAGAAUAAUUAUAGAAGAACAGUAAGCGUCAAUGAAAUACAGAAGGGCAAUGUUAAAACUUCCACCUGGUUAUUCGAGACUCACACUAUAGAUGAGCUGAGAGGAGAAGGAUCAGAAUACAAAAAUGUCAAGACAGUCACCCAGGAAGAAAUUCAGAAUGGUGAUGUGAAGCAGGCAGUGUGGCUUUUUGAAAACCAAACUUUGGAUUCUAUUAAGGAAACAGAUGGAAACAUCACAAAAUUGAUCAAGGAAGAAAUCCCUCCUUCUGAUGUGAAGACAACUACUUGGCUCUUUGAAACCACACCUAUGCAUGCGUUUAAUGAGAAACAGGUUGAAAAGAUAGAGAUUAUUGGCAAGAGCAUUAAAGAAACAUUAGCAGACCUUUACUCUAAAAAAGUUAUUGAGGCUCCUGGAAUUAUCAUUGAAACUGAUGAAGUUGGGGAUGUCCGAAUGGCAAAAUACAAGCUAAUGAACCAAACAUCUCCUGAGAUACAGAAAGAAGAGGUUAUCAGGGUUGAUCUCAGAAACAUAAUUAUGAGUUUACUUUCCCAAACAGACCAUACAAAAAAGGAAAUAAUGGUUAGUGAAGAGGAGAAAGGAAAUGUUAACUUGACUAAAACACAGUUAUUAAAUACAUCAACAGAAGUUCAUUCUGAAAAGAAAGAGGUAGUGAGAGGUGAUGUACAGCAAGCAAUAAAAAACCUGUUCUCAGAGGAAAAGUCAGCAAAGAAAGGGAUUGUAAUUCAAGAAGAUGAAAGAGGAGAUAUUAACAUGACUAUCUAUUGUCUUCUUCAUGAAAAUACUGAUGACACAGUUGAGCGUGAAGAAGUAAUAGGAGGUGAUGUGAGACAUACUAUUCAUCAUCUAUUCUCCUCUGCAUCAAAUAACAAAGUCUCUGAAAGGGCUAAAAUCGACGCUUCUGAGAGGGGAAAUGUUCAAUUUUUCACAACAUGCAUAGAAACAGGGGCUUUGGAUUAUCUCAAACAACUCCAGACAGGGUCAGAUGAAACAUUAACAACUAGGAAAAUAGAAGAAGAAGAAGUAAUAAUUGGUGGUGAUGUUGAGGCUACAAAACUGUUACUAAAGAAAAGGCAGUCUCAGGUUGAACGAACUGUUAAUGAAACUGACAUCAUCCCAGGAGAUGUCCAGAAAACUGUUAAAGUGUUUAUGACAGAGCCUCAGAGUACGGCUGAUAAGAUACCUAAAGAAGAAAUUUUAAAAGGUGAUCUGAAAUCAACUCUGAAUUCCCUCAACCAAGCUAUAAAUCAGGAAACAAUGGCUAAAACUGAACAAAUUAUCAAAAGUGAUAUGGCCACACUGAAGUCACUCAGAGAGUCAAGUGACAGAGGGAAAGAAUCGAAUCAACAGUCCAAUGUCAUCCCUCAAGACAUUGAACAAACUAUUCAGUGCCUUGAAAAAGCUACCAAUACCAAGACAGAAAUCCUGAAAAGGGAAAUUAUUCGAGAUGAUCUUGAAAUAUCACUAAGAUCUUUGCAAGAAGCACACAGAGCUUUCAAAAAGGUAAAUAAAGAAGCUAAAAUGAAAGACAAUGUCCAAACUGGAAUAGUUGGGUUCUCAGAAGGGAAGAACACAGAGACUCAUAAGAGAGACCACAAAAGUGUUCUUCAACCAAGGCCAGGACCAUUAGAAACAGCAUCUAAUUGGCAAGAAGCAGACACUCUCAGUGAAACUACAGGCAAAACUUAUCAUGGGACUUUAACAAAAGGAACUGACACGAAUAUUCCACAUGCCCCAAAAGGUGCUGUAAAGAUUGUCAUAGAUCGUGAACAAAACAAUCAUGCUCUUGAGAAAAGCCUUAGAAGAAUAGCUAAUUCACAAUGCAAAACUAUUGCAAAUGUGUUGGAAACAGGUGAUGAAAUAGGUGUCUGGAAUGAGAGCACUGAACAGCAGCUUAGCAAUGAACCAAUAAGCAAACAAUUAACCUCAUCUAUGCCAAGGAAGGUAAAUAAAAAAUCUGUGGAAUCAGAGACUAUGAGAAACCUCAAAAUGGAUGAUGUCUUUAACUCCACCCAAUGUAUUGGUAAAACACUUGGAACACAACACAUUCAAAACUGCAAAAUGAAGUAUAACCAUCAAAAGACUGAGGAUUCCUAUGCAAGGGCUCCUGAAAGUACCCCAAAUGCUGAAUUACUGAUAGAGACUGAAAAUUGCUCAUGUAGUCCUACCCAGCAUCCAGUCAACCAGCCAGUUGGAGAAAAAUAUGAGGUGACAAGAGACUUUCAGAACGAAACUCUGUUCAAGCAAGAAAUUCAAUAUUCUAAUACAGAUACAAAGAAAAAUAACAUGAACCUUCAACCUUUGCCUGUAGAUCAAGACAUAGCCAAUGUAACAGAAGUGAAAACUGACAGGAAAUAUCACAAUAAAUUCAAGGCAUCUGACAAAAAACACAAAACCAAUGUCCAAAUGGAAAGUCAGGAUUUUUUAAUGAAGACAAAUACUUCCAAAGAGUUAAAAAUGGCAAUGGAAAGGUCUUUUAAUCCAAUCAACCUUAACCCUGAAAAUAAUGUAAAAGAAAGUGAGGGCUCCCUACCGCCUCCAUCUCCACCUCCUCCUCCACCUUCCAAUGCAUCAUCUGAAAUUGAAUUUCCUCUUCCUCCUCCACCUCCUUUAAUGCUAUUGCACGAAAAAAAUGAGUUUCCUCCCUCACUAUCCACAGAGAAGAUAAGACCUGAUUUUGAAUGCUUCCCUGGUCUGCCUCCUCCUCCACCACCAGUAAGCGAGAAAUCUGAAAGAGAAUGUCUAUCAAUGUUUCCUCCCUCUCCCCCUUCCCCAACUCCAUCUCAAUCAGCACAUCCUUUUUCCAACUCUGUUCCAGAAAAACACAGUGAAGCAGUCAUGCAUCAAUAUUCCCAAAAAGAAGCCUCAAGUUCUCAGCAAAUUCAUUCUCAGGAUAAAAUGACCAGGAGAAAGUCACCACCACCCACCUUGCCCAAACCCAAGCUAUCCAAGCAACUUGAAGAAAAAAUGAUCUAUCUUUCCUCAAAAGUUGAAUCAGAAAGUUCCAUGUCUGAUACGCAAAGCAAAACUACUCUCUCAGAGGAUCAGGAACAAAAAAUGAUGGCAACUGGCUGGGAACACCGAGAGACAAAUGAGGAGAUAAUCAGAAAGACUCUUGAUGAAAGAAAAGACCUACCUAUUGACUCUGUAAAGUCUCUCUUACAGUCAGCUCAAACAUCUUCAGCUGUCAAAGGAAAACAGACAGCACCUCUCAUAAAAUCCCACUCAUUUCCAUCGCGUUCAGAACAACAAAGUCCAAAACCUUACAUGAGAAAAUUUAAGACACCUUUAAUGAUUGCAGAAGAAAAAUACAGACAACAAAGGAAUGAGCUUGAAAAGCAGAGAAAGGAGUGUUCUCAUUACAACACUGUCAAAGCAGAAAGCCAAAAUCAAAGCAUAUCUGAGUUGGAAAAGGAAAUGCUGAUAAAAAUGACAAACAAAGAGGACUCUCUAGCUAGAAUGGAUGCAGAGUUCCCUAUGGCUAGACUCAACCCAGAUUCUGAAAGCAAUGCUGCAGUUCUAGAAGGAUGCUCUGACAGCCAGCUCUCCAUGACUUCAGCAGUGACAGCUGCUACCAAGAAGCUUCAGGAUGUUCUAGCAACCUCAGAAGAUAAAAAUAACAUGAAAAAGGAAAUUCUACAGAGCUCAAAGGAUAUUGUACAAUCGAAAUUAGCUUGUGAAAUUUACCAGGUUCACCAAGAACAUCAGGCAGAGCAAACACAACAGGAGAAGUGUCAGGAACAGUUACACUUGUCUCAAAGCAAGGCAGUUUCUCCAAGUUUCAAAGUCAAACCCAUUAAGCUUCCAACCCCAUUGAAUGUAACAGAUCUGCAAAGCUAUGGAAGUCACAUGAAACAAUCGGAAGUUGAUGCUAAAAUGAUCACCAAACAACUCUAUCAGGAAACUAAGAAAACUGAAAUGAGCACAGAACACAAAAAUAAGGAAUCUGUAGCUGAAAUAUAUCAACUACCUAAGAAGGAGAAACAAGUGACAGUAUCAGUGCCUACACACUCUGCAGAGAAAAGUCAUGACAGAAACCUGAAGAAAACUGCUGAGAAGACAAACCAAUGUAGGCAAUCUGUGAAAGAGCAGCUUCUAGGAGGUAAAGAAUAUAAUCAGACACUAUCAAUGAUGAGUUCAAAUGAACAGAGAUUAAUAGAUGAAAGAAAACAAAUAUAUUUGAGGAAACAGUCAGAACCAAAGGUAGUACAUCAAAAGAUGAUUGAUGCACAUCUUGAGUCACAGACUCGGAAUUUUCAGCAAACACAAAUGCAGACUUCUGAAAGUACAGUUGAACAUAAACAAUUGUCCCAGACAUAUAAUACACUUCAGGAAACAAAAUGUCUCAGAGGAAGGGACACAACAGAGAAACAAGUCUUUUCUGAGACUAAAGAUUCAAAACAAGAGAUUACACAGAACAAACCUUCAUUUUCCUCUGUGAAAGAAUCUCAGCAGGAAGAUAGAAAAGGUGCCAUAAAUAUAUUAGAAUUCUUGAGAAAACGUGAAGAAAUACAAGAGGUCUUGUCAAGAGUAAAGCAUUUUGAAGCAGAACCAAAUAAAAAUGGCAUUAAAAUGUUUCAGACCCUGUUAAAUAAUAUGCCAGUGUGGCUGAUAAGUGAAGAAAAAAGAGACUAUUGGAUUCGCAUGGCCUUGGAGAAUAAUUUAGAAAAAAUCAAAGAAGAAAUAAUGCAUAUUAAAACCCAAGCAGAAGAUAGGCUUGUGUACUUUGAAGAUUUAAUUCAGUCAGCCAUGAUGACCUCCAAGACAGGAAAGCAGAAAGCAGAAAGACAUAAACCAACUACUCUUAAUGACACAUCAUCCAAAGUGCUGAAUAUUAACGCCAGCUCUCAUAUAAAGAAGAAACAGGAAGGAAAUAAACUAGAAGAAAAUACAGCACACCACCUAGUAGAAACUCAUCAUGAAGCAAUUGCUCAAGAUCGUGCAAAAAUCCAUCAGGCAGGAAAGAUAGAGAACAGCAAGAUUUCUCCUCCCUCUUUAAAAACUCGCCCUCCAUCACCCACGUUCAUAACAAUUGAGUCCACUCGAAGACCAGAAACAACCUCCAAGGAGGAGCUUCAUCAGUCCUCGAAAAAGGAGAGCUGUACUGAACCCUCACCAAGAGGACCCCUGAUGCAAACACCUAGAACUCACAGAGCAAAAACCUCUCAUUCUCCACCCCGGAGUCGCUCUGAACAACUCCUUAAACUCAAAGACACCACUGCAAAGUUAUCUAAGGGGACCAUCCCAGGUCCUUCGGUGACCCCCGUGCCAAUUGUAGAGAGGAGGUCUGAAAUCGUCAUGUCUCCAGCCACUCUCCGUCGUCAAAUUAAGAUCGAGAGCCGAGGUGGGGACUCGCCACCGACAAUCACAAUACCUGUCCACGUAAAUCCUGUGGGCAGUGGGUCCUUCAGAGAACCCAUGGGAGUGCAGGAGGAAGUGAGGAAAGUAGAGCAAAGGGAGACAUAUGUACGCAAGAAUGGAGUGAAUGCCACGGAUGGCCCAAUGCCGGACAGCCAGAGUUACGACGCGGUGGAGAUCAUCCGCCGGGUAGAGCAGCCUCAUCUGGCAGAACACAUCCAGACGUACGAAGCUGCCAGUCGAACAGUCCAGGGGGCUGGAAAUUUCCUGAAGGAGCAUGAACAUGACAUGGACAGACGGUUCAGGAAAUUUGAGAAUGGCCCAGUGUUUGAAGCAAAAUCAGAGAAGAGAGUCUAUGCCAAUGGAGACGCAAGCCAUAACAUAAUGCAAGAGAGUCUUGCGUUUUGUAAGGACGAAUUUGGAUUGACAUCUGUAGGAAAUGCUCCUUUUGCAGGCUUUUCUUACAACCUUACUGGAGAGCGUCAGGGAAGGAUGUCUGCGAAGCAGCCCAGGCUUUGCUCUGAAACCCGGUGUGUGUGUGAGCACUUACCGGGCGUGGACGCGUUUGAGAGUCAAAGCGUUGGCUCAACAACCACAGCAUCCUCGUCGCUUAGGUCAGAAGCAAGCAGGUCUGCCUUUGACUUCAAGCGUGCGCCUCCGACCUAUGAAGACGUCAUUGCUGGUCACAUUUUAGAUAUCGCUGAUUCACCUAAAGCACUCAGGAGGGAUUUGCAAAAGACAUGGCAGGAGAGCGGGAGAGUUUUUGAAAGCCUGGGAUAUAAAGCCUCCGAUGCAUCUACUGUGGAGAUGAGGAGCACUUUCCAGGAGUCUGCCUUUAUAAGUGACAAGGAAAUGUGUAUACUUUGUCAAAGGACAGUUUAUCCAAUGGAGUGCCUAGUAGCAGACAAGCAGAGCUUUCAUAAAUCCUGCUUCCGAUGCCACCAUUGCAACAGCAAACUGAGUUUGGGAAAUUAUGCAUCACUUCAUGGACAAAUAUACUGUAAGCCUCAUUUUAAACAGCUUUUUAAAUCAAAAGGAAACUAUGAUGAAGGUUUUGGACAUAAACAGCACAAAGAGCGAUGGAAUUGUAAAAAUCAAAGCAGCUUGGUGGGUUUUAUGCCCAAUGAAGAAGUAAAUGCAAAUGAAAACACUGCAACAGACACUCUGGUGCUUGAUUUUGAUCAACAUUUAGAUGUCGUUGACAAAGAUACUUUGCGAAAACCAGAGGAGAGAGGGAAGCUAAAAAUCACUUGGCCUCCUUGCAGGGAAAUGCCUAAGAAAAACUUUUUCCUGGAAGAAAUCAAAAGGAGAAAACCUAAGUGGCCACCUCCAGUGGCCAACUCUGUUUCCUCAGAAUUUAAAAGUGAGAUACUGCUAGAACAUAGCAAACCUAUGGAAGACAAAGGAGAAGAACAAGAUAAACUUUUCUUACUGCACCCUGACCAUGUGUGUCAGAUAGAGGAUGUCACAGGAAUCAAAGAAAUGAAUGUAUGUGAAGCAAGAAAUGAUGAUGAAAAGAUAGCAGGAAAUAAGGAUGUGCAAGAUAGUUUCAAUGCAGCUGAAGACAUGAAGAAGAGAAAAAGUGAAAUGGAACUUACAGACAGACAUAAUGUGGUUGUACAGAGUGAAGAAAAGGAGAAAACUGAGAAAAUUAAGAAAUCUGAAGAUGCAGACUUUUUACAGGUUACUAACACGGAUUAUGAGGUGGCUCCAGAAAUGUAUAAAGAGAAUAUGAAUAAGAAUAACAAUAACAAUUACAUAGCAGUCUCCUAUCUGAACAACUGCAGGAGGAAUUCAACUAUUUUAGAAUUUCCUUAUCUACUACCACUGUCAAAUCAAGCAAAGUACACUGCAUGUGAACAUCACAUUACAAAGUUAGAAAACACAUCUAGAAUCUCUCAGUUAUUUGGCAUAUUUGAGUCUGAAAAGACAUAUCCUAGGAAGGUCCUAGCUAUGGCUCUGGAGAAACAGGCUGACAGAGAGACUGCUGGCGGUCCUGAGCUGUCAGCUUCAGAUCCAGGCCUCCUGGGGGAAACUUCCACAGUCUCUUCUGAAGCAAACCUCUUCAACCUGAAAGAUAACCAUUCAAAUAACAGAAAUUUACGCUUUUUCUUUUCCAACGCUGUGAAAAUCACUGGUUUUUCCAAAAAGAGUGAGAACAUUUUUGAAUGUGAUUUGAUGGAUUCUGUUGAUCACCUGAAAAACAUGCCUUGUUUGUGUUUGAGAGAACUUGGCAACGAUGUCCAACACAGCUGCCGUGGGAUAAUGGGAGACAUCCAGGGUGACGGAAAAAGAGGUUCUGAUGCGCUGAACCCUGAACACACACCAGAGUCUGCAGGUCCCAGUGUGGAGGACCAGGCUGGACACCUUUCUGCAGAGGAGCAGAUUAAAAGGAACAGAUGCUACAGCGACCCAGAGUGAAAGAUGUCGGGCCACUUGGGCACCCAGAGGAAAGAAUGCUAUGAAAUAAGAUUUGGCUACUUUGAUCAUCUUUUUUUUUUUGAAGUUGUUGUAAACAUACUGUUCACAAAUCUCAUGUCUUUCACAACGGAAUAUUCCUUGUAUUACAAUGCAUAAUUCUUUGUCUAAUUUAUUUGCAUCUCCUUUUGUUCUGAAUGGAAUGAAGAGAUCAAACACCGUGGCUAUGUUUUCUUCUCAAGGGUCACUUAUGUUUAUCAUGGUUUUCAUGCUGGAAAUCAUGGGUGAUAGUCUCUACUGUUGAUAUUAGUCCAAAUUCUUACACCUUCUUCAUAAUUUCUGUGAAAAUAAAUUUGAAUGCCUCC